AUGGAGCGCGAAAAGGAGAUGAAGCGGCAGAGGGAGGAUGAAGAACGGAAGAGGGAAAAGACGGCAGAGCGCGAACAGGAGGAGAAGCGGCAGAGGGAGGAGGAAGAGCGGAACAGGGAGGAGAAGGCUGAGCGCGAAAAGGAGGAGAAACGGCAGAGGGAGGACGAGCGGAAGAGGGAGGAUGAGCGGAAGAGGGAGGAAGCGACGAAGGUGGAGCGUGAAAACGAGGAGAAGCGGCAGAAGGAGGAUGAAUGGCGGAAGAGGGAGGAGAAGGCUGAGGCAAACAGGAGGAGAAGCGGCAGAGGGAGGAGGAAGAGCGGAACAGGGAGGAGAAAAAGACAGAGCGCGAACAGGAGGAGAAGCGGCAGAGGGAGGUGGAGAGCGGAAGAGGGAGGAGGAAAGAAAGGCUGA